AUGUGUCUUAACGGCCGACGGGAAUGUCAUUACCCCCCAGUCGGCGCGGUGGAACCCGAAGAGGAAUCAGAGCAGCUGAAAGUCUCUGGCUGCAAACAAGCCCCCGUCGUUCCCCCAUACGUACAUAGCAUCGAUAAUGAAGCCUAUCUCUCUCCUCUUUCCUCUGAGACCACUGAUAUCAACAGUCCAGUUUUACAGAACAUCAUUGGAAUUAACUCAUCACUUGGUGGUUUACAAGAACGCGAUAUCAUCAUCAAUCAUGGAGCCGCCAUGGGCACAGCUCCAUCUCCUGUUGAAACGCCUACAGUGACACUGCGAGCAUACCGUUGUGAUCAGGAUUUAAUCAACGCUUCCUACAUCUUCAUCCAUCCAUAUUUCCCAUUCCUUCCCCCGUCCAUUGUGCCUCAGUAUGAAGAUCGACCUGUGUCCAUUACUGUACCGGACGCCGAACCCAAAGGCCGUAUUCUCGGCAACCGGCAUUGA